CAGUGUUGCUGUUGACAGUGGUGUAGGAGGGUUUGUGUUGCUGUGGACUGUGGUGUUGCAGGAGGAAAUGUUCAUUUGACAGUGAUAAAUUUGUCUGGAGUUGCUGACAAGUGAUUCCAACAACUUAAACUAAGACUGUGGUAUUUAACGCCGAAGACAUGCCUACUAUUUUACUCCUAGAUGUAGAUCUUGUGCCUCAAGCUGUCCCAGAGCUUUAGAAAUGCCUGAGUAUGUGAACAAACCUUUUGGAAGCUUCAUCAAUGUUGUGUGCUUCACCAAGUGGCCUUCAUCUCUCCCAUGUACAGUACGCCUUUAAUGCAUUAGUUAAUAUAUAAACAUUUUAUUAAAUACAAAAUAUAUUUUAACCUUUCUGAAAACUCGUGCAGUAGAACUGAGUAUUAUGAAAUAGUUCUAAGGCUUUCAUUUAGCGUUUCGCGUUUAGCGUUUAGUCGUAUAAUCAAUAGUUUUUGGGCGAGCUAGCCUAGUAUGAUAGCAUUUUAAAACUUUGGAGCAGUUGUCAUCUACUGGCCUCGUGCUUUUUGCCGAUGUGAUGUGCCAAUGCUGACAUUUUUAUAGCAUUUCUUUUAUUACUCAAACCUUGCUGCCUUAUUCAUCGUUCGAACAACUCAUCGAGAUUGUGUUUUGGAACACCCACGUUCAUCUUGUCAAUCAGCAACCGUUUUGGAACACCCACGUUCAUUUGUUCACCAGCGACCGUUUUGGAACGGCCAGGUUCAUCUGUUCAUCAACGACCGUUUUGGAACGGCCAGGUUCGUCUGCCUACAAACGACUGUUGAUCAACAUAUCACCGGGUUAUCAAUCAAUCAUCUUGGUGACGUUGGCGAGCCGUUACCAUGCUGCUGGUCACUGCUCGGGGCGUCACCGUUCACUGCACGCCGCAUGUGAUGUGAGCCGACAUCACCACCACCACCACCUCACCAUCUUGUAGUGCUCGGCACACUCCUUCACCGUCACUAUAACCUGGUUCCUUCGGGUGGAGGCCGGGAAGGUGUAAUGUGUGUGUAGCAGCUCCAGCAGCAGCAGCAGCAGCUGCGACACCUUCAGGGCAGGCUGAGCAGUGCCAGCGUGUCACCAGCUUCACCACAUAGUGUCACACUCACUGUACCCUCACUGUAUCAAGAUGGCGGCUCACCAGAUGGUUGCAACUCUCAUCUUCCGGCUCAUGCUACCGCUUGUUCUUGGCAUAUGUUCUGUGCUAAGGUUCAGCAUGAUGUCUCUGGUGUACUUGUUGCUGUUGAUGGCCGUCCCUCUCCUCCCACCCCCCACCAUUCACACUAUGCGAGGACACACGGGGCGGUACCUGAAGGCGGUGGUGGGCCUGAGCGUCGUCAACUUCCUCCUGCAGUUCAUCUUCCAGAUCGUUCUCCUCUCCCUCCCUCCUUACGCUUACUUCCUGCGAGAGUGCGAGUUCCUGGAAAAGCUGUUGCGACAUUUGGGCCUUGUGCGCUUGGAUGGCAUCAGUGAAGUUGACGGGACACGGUGGCUACUGCCAGAAUGUGUCCUAGUGGUGUUCUCUCCGGGGGUGUAUGUGGCCUGCAUCAAGCUUACAGCCCACACCAGCCCCGACUUACACCUCCCCACACAUGCCGCACCAGACAUCAACAAGAAUAUGGGACUCCGGAUCCUCAAUGCUGUAGGUACUUACAUGGCAAUGGCACUGAUUGGGGGUGCAGCUGUCAUGGUUCCCUCCGUCACUUCCGCUGUGUACUUUGUCGUCUUCAUGGCCAGUGCCACCUACUGGAGCCUCAACAAUGCAUUGGGACGACGAUUUGGGUACGUGUGUCGUGGGGUGAUGGUGCUGGCAGGAGUCCACGUGGUGUGUCUUUACAUCUACCAGGCUCAGUGGGUCCAGGACUACUUUCCCCCAGACUCGCUCUGUGCAAGGGUGUUUGGGUUCACGGCGGUAGUGAGGACGGACUGCCGUGAUCCUCGCUCGGCUCCACUCUCCACCGACCAGUGGUCCAGGUUCGUCAACCCUAUCCUACUUCUGGCCCUCUAUUAUGUCCUCGCCUUCGAGUCACAGUUCCUCCUGUCCAACAAGGCGGCGCUGCUCUCCCCGAUGGGGUCCAGUGUACGGUACCUUAUCCGACGCAGCACCGUCAGAAGUCGUUCCAUGAAGUCCGGCAGGUCCUCGGCUUCAGAGACCCGGUGUGGACGGGCCUCCCGGCGCCGCCAGCCUCGCGACACACAAGAGGGCGUGUUGGGCAUCAUGGGCAUAGGAAUGGGCCGAGAGUCAGAUGCAGGCUGGGAUACGCCCCUUGCCUCAGCCCGCAGCCGUAAUGCCUCGGUCCGUGAUUCUGCCCGGAGCAACACCUCCGUGAUGAGUAACAACACCUCAGCUCGCAGCAUCAGAUCAUCUGGUGGUGUAAAUGGCUCCCUGCCCUCCAAACUCAGUCCCCGUCCCUUUCAGGUGGUGGAUAAAACAGAGAAAACUGAGAAGCUCCUUCCCAGCACACCAGCAACGCAACCAGAUAGUGGAGACGGAAGUGGAGAAGUGGUGGGAGAAAUUGAGGGUGGUGCGGAAGACGGAGGCGAGGAUGAGAACCCCCUCCAGUGGCUUAUUGCUCCACUCAUCAGUGUGUUUCAGCUGGUCAUCCGCUCUUCCUACAUAGCUACCAACAUUGUCAUGAUGGCAUGGAGUAUAACUUAUCACAGCUGGUUGACAUUUGUGCUGCUUUUGUGGGCUUGCGUGCUGUGGAUGAUUCCUAACCAGCGUGCUGCUAUGCUACGAUGUUCCCCAUUUCUUGUUGUAUAUGCUGAGCUGUUGUUGGUUCUUCAAUAUAUUUAUUGCAUGGACCUGACAGACGACGAACUGCCUAGCCAAGUGGAAGCUGUAAAUCUUGGUCAAAUUGGACUUGUGAAGUAUCGAUACCUGCCAUGCAAGCCACUGCUGGUUAAAGUGCUGUACACAACAAUGUUCUGGAUCACAUUACGUCAGUAUGUGAAAGAAGUGAUUGAAGUCACCAAGCGAGAGAUGUCUACAGCAGCAGCUUUACAGCCCUUCACUGUGGCUGUGAGCACCACCACCACUGGCCAACCCGUCACCACACUUGUUAAUUCUGCUCAUGAUAAUUCCAUGGGAUCACCAGUAAUGCAGCGAUUAGGGCAAUGGGUACGAAGUCUUCUGGUCAAAUUUUGGAUUUGGGUUGUUGCGAUUAUGCUCUUCGUCUUUGGUAUCCAAGGCUCUGAGGUUGUGAUUUUCAGGAUCAUGUAUAUGGUUCUGUUCCUCAUUUUCACCAUCACCUUCCAGUUAUCGUACUCUGCGUGGCGCAAUUUCCUUUAUGGAUUUUGGCUCACGGUCAUCAUCUACCAGAUGCUGGUGUUAGUGCUCACAUACACUUACCAAUUUGACAACUUCCCAGAGUAUUGGCAAAACUACACUGGCAUCCCCAUCCAACUUCAGAAUGAUGUGGGUCUUGAGGUUUACGACACUGGCCGUCUCUUUAUCAAACUCAUGACUCCCACCUUCUUUGUGAUCGUCACUAUCAUCCAGGUUCACUAUUUCCACAAGGACUUCCUUGAGCUCUCUGAUAUCGAGAAAAUACAAGAUCAGCCCAUCAUUAAGGAAGCAGCCAAAAAAGAGACAAAGGUGCCCAGUCCCAACCAUCCAAAUCUUUUAGACUCUUGUACACUUGAUGAUAUCAAAGCUGUGUUGGAAUACUAUGGACAGAAAGCACUGGCUCGGAUACAAGACACCAUGGCUGCAGCAAUGGAGCUAGGCUGGCGCUUCCUGGAAUUGCAUUUAAUGAAGAUCGUCCUCGGUUCUGUCAUAAUGCUUGCUUGCUAUGAUGUUUGUGCUCUUCACUGGGCCUUUGCUGUGCUUGCCACAGUAGCAGUGCCAUGCCCCGAGAGGAUUCAGAUUGGUAUUUGCCGCACCUGUGUCGUCCUGUCCUCUCUUCUCCUUAUUGUCAGGAUGAUAUACCAGAUUGAUUACAUAGAUCCCGAAGGAUGGGCUGCCAACUGUUCACUGCAUGAUAACCUCACGCGGACGCCUUAUCCCCUGAAUGAGACGGCAAACAAUGCAGCAUGGCUGGGCCUUAGCAAGGUUCCUAGUCUAUCAAAGUAUCUUAAAGGCUACAUAGGUAUCAUCGUUGUGAUAACAGUGCAAGCGGUGGUUGUCAUCAGGCAAGAGUAUCAGCGUAAACUGACCGGACUUCCACCUCCACCACCUGGUGUUCUUUUCUCAAACAUCACAAGAGCGGUGGCUGAUGAUGGUAUUUCAGAGUGCACAAAGUUUCUCCUAAACUAUGGUUUCUACAAGUUUGGUGUUGAGGUUUGCCUAAUGAGCCUAGUGGCUGUAAUUGGCACGCGGUUGGACGUCUACUCGCUCAUUUAUGCCGGGUGGCUCUGCUACUUUUACAAUCGACAGAGGAAGGACAUUGCACGUGUUUGGAAGGCUUUUGUCAUUUUUAUUACUGUAUUGAUACCCAUUCAGUAUCUUAUGUGUGUUGGGAUCCCACCUGGUAUUUGCACAGACUAUCCAUGGGUUGGUGAAAUGAACGCAGAGCUACGCGAGUGGCUCUUCUUCCCAGACUUUGUCAAGGCACCCGAGUCUUACAAGAUUGUCACUGAUUUCUGCCUCCUGAUAUUUGCCGUUUGCCAGCAGCGUGUCUUUGAGAUUGAGUUUGCAGAUGGCGCAGAAUCAUACGAGGGUGGCAGUAAUCGGGAGAUUGUUCAUGAAGAUCUAGCUUCCCUGGUUAACCCCAUUCCUGAUUUUGUCACUUACUCCAGGAACUAUUUGGACAUGGUUAAGGUAGUGAUUUUCUUCACAUCUUACUGGGUGACUCUGGCCGUCAUGUUCCUUGGAGGUACCAACCGUGUUACUCUCUUCGCCAUGGGUUAUGUUCUUGGAGCUUUCAUCUUCUUGUGGCAAGGGAAUGAGUUCUAUCUUCGACCACUCUCUACCAUUCUCAGAUUGUGGAAUUACUUACUUGGAUACAAUGUAGGCGUAGUCGUGGUGAAGACAUUAUUGCAGCUGCUGGGGUGUGUUUUCCUAUCACCACUUUCCGAGAACGUAUGCUGGCUUGUUCAGCUCUUCGGUAUAGCCUGUGUCAAGAAAUUUGGAGAUGAUUCUGAUGAUAAGAUUGUAGAAGAUUUGGCUGACCAAUGUGCAGUUCCUAAGUCAGAAGCAGGGCUCAUGUGGGAUGGCAUCUGCUUCGGAUUCCUCUUGAUGCAACGGAGAUUAUUCUCCUCCUUCUACUUCCAGCACCUUGUCACAGAAAUGAAGGCUCAGACCAAACUAGCCUCUAGGGGUGCUGAGUUAAUAGCAGAAUUAAUGCAGAAAGAGAUAGCCGAGCAGCAGGCAGCAGAGCGGGAAGUUCUUAACAAAAUCAAAGAGAAAAUGGAGCGAAUCAAGGCGUCUCAGCAGCUUGUGCAGAGUCAGCAGACCCGGGAGCCAACAAGCCAUUAUGAAGUUGCGGCAGAUAUGUCAUUUCUGCCUGUAAGAAAGAGCUUCACUGUUGAUCACAUAAAUCCCACGGAGCAGUUUGACCAUCUAGCAUUGGAGCGAAUGAGGCAGAGCAUCACCAUGGGAAACCCUGUUCAACAAUCUGCUGACAUUCCCAUGCAUGCUAUCCGAUCUGGCGACUACUACAUGUUUGAGGAUUAUGGUGGCUUUGAGGGCAUGGCACCUUUAGAGAUUCCUGAAGAACCUCCUCAGGAUGAUACCACUCAAGGGAUGACAGUGUCAGAGCUGUUGAGUUCAGCACUGAAGACAGACAUUGUAGAGGCAGCAGAGGAGGCUAAAAUUGCCCGCUUAUCGGAAGCGGAUGCGGCAUCACGAAGAUCUUCAUUUGUACGCAGACCUGUCCAUCGGACACUUUCUGGACGAUCCCAAGUAUCCAUGGCUUCACGAACUUCACGCACAACUUCAAGAAGUGUAAGAAUUCAUCCUCGUCCUCGCUCACCACCAGCAGUGCCUCAUUCUCCCCCACCUUUACCACUGUCACCGCCACCACAUAGGUCCCCACUGGCUCUGGGGCGUCCACCACCACCUUCCACAUUGCCACCUCUGCCUCUGCUUCCUCAGCUAGACGGAGGCUACCUAGCCGAUGACUCCACUGCCCAUGACUACUCUGAGAUAGAGCCUCAAGAGCCACAAGGUCUGGCACCCAUUCUUCGCAAGUUAGUACACUGGGCCAAGUUUGGGUGGGAGUUGUUGGAGUCACUGAUGAUUUCAGCAACACAGCAGCUAAACAGACUCUCCAAAGAUUACCGCUAUGUUGCCAGCUGUCUGUCUGAGGAGAAGAAAAGACUUAAAGAAACUGAAGGCUUCCGUGUAAUGCCAGGCGUAACACCUCAACCUGCUCUAGGCACCCAAGAGUGGUCACACCUCCCAGUUUCCCAGCAUGGGUACAGUGGGCAGGAACCACUUGAGAUUCGCGUUGAGAAAGCAAGUGAAGACAAAACAGAUGACAGUGUGGACUUUGUAGACCCAACAGAGGGUGCGGAGAAGGAAUUCAAAAAAGAGCAGCCUCCUAUUGUCAAACUAAUGAUUGCUUUCUGGUAUGCAAUGCUGUCUCGCUCUGAACUGGUUUCCUACAUAAUGAUUUUUGUCAACCAGAUCAAGUCGGCAAGUGUGCUGUCUUUACCAUUACCUUUCAUGGUGUUUCUCUGGGGGUCCCUCAGUGUGCCUCGACCCACAAAGGCCUUUUGGAUCACUGUCAUAGCUUAUACUGAGAUAAUAGUGGUGGUGAAGUAUCUGUUCCAGUUUGACUUCUUUCCUUGGAACCAAGUGGAACGACUCAAUGCUCCCUUUUGGCCUCCACGAAUUAUUGGGGUGGAGAAGAAGAACCGUUAUGCUGUCUAUGACCUUGCCCUUCUCCUUGUGGUUUUCUUCCACAGGUUCAUGCUAAAGAGUUUGGGAUUGUGGAAAGAGACUUCUGACAUGAGUCCAUCUGCAACUGCCCGCUCCUCUCCAUCUCCCUCCUCCUCCCCAUCAUCCUUCACUCCCAGUCACACCUCUUCUGUUCGGCCACAUAGAAAGAUGGGUGUGUCCGCCACUCCAGUGCCUACCAGUAAAGAUGAUGGUUCUCAUUUUUCACAGUCGGGUGAUGGAUCCACUCUCUCAUAUACGAAAGAUACGUCUCUGUUAUCCAAGGACACGGGAGAGAGUUCUUUAAAUUCCAAAGACACCAAGGAAAGUUCACUGACAUCAAAAGAUUUUAAAGAUAUAUCACUGACAUCCAAUACUAAAGACAGCUCCUUUUUUUCUAGCGCAAAAGACACCUCCUUGAUGUCUAAUACAAAGGAAAGUUCUCUUCCAACCACAUUAAAAGAGGGCUCAUUGACAUGGCAGGAACAGGAAAGCUCUCUUUUACUAAACACUAACGAUGACUCUCUAAUGUCCCGAGCAUCGGAACCCCUGCCAGAGUCUACACCAACACAUUACCGACAAAUGUCCGAAGAUGGUCAGACUGCUACCUGCUUUGGAUCAGAUAUGUCAAGAGCAUCCCAUCAUAGAUCUGGUAGUGAGACUGGCUACAGGAAGACUUGGUCGCCAUACCAGUACCAUGCUCGUCAUUCAUCGCUGGUUUCUCAGGUACCAGGCGGAGGAGGAGUCGGUAUUCGAGCAUCAUCAUUAGUAGUGCGGCCUGAACAUCGUCGCCACUUAUCGGAAGGAUCGCACGUUUCCUUCAACCAGCGAACAUCGGUAACUUCUCAUUGCACACACAUUUCUCAGUCUGCAGCUUCUGAUUCUGUCCAUGUGACUUGUGCUGCUUGUAAUCUACAGGCACUCAAAAAUUUCCAAAAGCCUGACAUGGAGGAAGUAAAGGAGAACAUUCAACAACUCCCAAAAUUGGCUAAAGGAGGGGCCCAUCGGCUGACUGAGAAGAUUGGUGCAUUCAUGCGUUCCCUUCUUCAUCAAGAAUCUCAGGUCUCGGUUGAUGUCUACGCUUACAUGUUCUUCUGUGAUUUCUUCAAUUUUUUUGUGCUCAUAUUUGGAUUCUCAGCUUUUGGUACACAACAAGGUGAUGGAGGUGUAAGCGCUUAUCUGGAGGAUAAUCGUGUACCCAUCCCCUUCUUAGUAAUGCUUAUCCUGCAGUUUGGUCUCAUCAUUGUGGAUCGAGCCCUCUUUCUCAGGAAAUUUAUCUUGGGCAAAUUGGUCUUUCAGGUGGCUCUGACAUUUGGAAUACAUAUCUGGAUGUUCUUCAUUCUACCAGCUGUCACAGAAAGAGAGUUCAAUGCGAAGCGGCCUCCCCAAAUUUGGUACAUGGUGAAAUGUCUUAACUUGCUGCUGUCUGCAUAUCAGAUUCGCUGUGGUUAUCCAACAAGAAUUCUUGGCAACUUCCUCUGUAAACAAUUUAACUACCUCAAUCUUUUCUCUUUUCGACUGUUCAUGACUGUGCCAUUCCUGUUUGAACUGCGGACAUUGAUGGAUUGGAUAUGGACGGACACAAGCAUGAGUCUCAGUGAUUGGGUUAAGAUGGAGGACAUCUUCUCCCACAUAUUCCAGUUGAAGUGUGAACGGCGAGCAGAGAUUGAAUAUCCACAAGGCCGUGGUGAGAGCAAACGCAAAAUAAUCAAAUAUGGAAUGGGUGGGUGUGCCCUGUUUGGAGUGAUUGCCCUCAUCUGGUUUCCUCUGGUACUGUUUGCCCUCAGCAACACUGUUGGUCAGCCUAACCCACCAUAUGACGUCACAGUCCAAAUUACAAUGGGAGCUUACCAACCUAUUUUCCGUAUGACGGCCCAGCAACAAUCUCUCUACAGGUUCACGCAGAAGGACUGGGAUGCGUUCAACUACCAUUAUCGGUCUGACCGACAGGCACAGACUUUCUUAAGCAACUAUGACUUCCAAGAUGUGGUCGUUGCAAAUCUUAAUGGUAACUCCACUGCCAUUUGGGGCAUUUCUCCUCCGGCUCAAAGAAGCUUGAUUGAAGAACUUCAAAGCAAUCAUACCAUUCGAGUGAAGGUUAAUUGGAGUGUAAAACGUCCAUCUAAUUCUCCUGAUGUAUCUGCAGAAUGCAAAGACCAAGUUGAAGUGAAUCUUGAUGCUUAUGAAGGUACAAAGAGGAAUCCAAUUCGAGAGCAGUUUGUGCACAUCUUAGAGGGAAACCUGACUCAAAAUCCUGUCGUUAUACCAAGCUUAUUUCCAAAGUUUCUCAAAGUCACGAAUAAAGGUCAAGCGGAGUAUGUCACUCAGUUGGAAGGAAAGAAAAAAGGAUUUGUAAACCUGAAGUUCACCUUGCAAUCUGAUGGGUUUGGCAACCUGUCAUCAAUACAGGAGUGGUGGGAAGUUGAAGAAGACUGUGCAAAUGGCUAUUUUGACUGGCUGCCUCGAGGGCGGCAAUGUCACUUUCUCACUUUAUAUACGUUCAGUGAUAAGGCGUUUCCAAAGGGUUUGAGCUUCAUCUCCGGCGGCGGGAUUGUGGGGAUGUACACAACGUUGGUCUUGGUGGCUGGCAAGAUGCUCCGUGGCUACUUCGCUGGAUCUGCAGUUAAAAUAAUGUUUGAUGAUUUGCCAAAUGUUGAUCGUAUAUUACAGCUAUGCCUUGACAUCUAUUUGGUACGAGAGAGCAGCGAGCUGGAGCUGGAGGAAGAUCUCUUUGCUAAAUUGGUCUUCCUCUUCCGUUCACCUGAGACUUUAAUCAAAUGGACACGGCCACCAGAAGAGGAAACUCCUGAAGGAGAGGAUCCCCAGUUAGAAUAAAGUGGAUGAGCUUGAUUAAUGUUCAAGAAAUCUAAUGGCAGGAAAUGGCAACGAAUAUCAUUGACAUUUUACAUUUCAUUUUACACUGCCUGACCUUCGGUUCGACCUUCAAAUGUCCAGUUAUUGUGACUUAGUGUUUGUGUGCCUAAUCAGGCAUCUAGCCAUCCUUCACUAUCUCCCGAGGUGAGAGGCCUGCUAUUUACAGUAGUUUAAUGGCCGGUCACAAGAUAUGAAAGUGUGACCUCUGCGCCUGGUACGAUGACCGUCUCUUGUUUUUGCUUACCCAUAGCCAUCAAAACCACCCCACUCUAUUGCAAAUUAAUUUCAGUGAAUACAUGUUGCAUUCUGCUACUAUGACUUAAAAGAUGUAAAAAAUGUGUUCUUUAGGGCUUCAGCAAGCAAUGAUGCCAAGAGAAAGCAUACGGUGAUGAAUUUAAAUACAAAAAACAUUAUUUUUAACAAUCUGUAAAAAAGCUGAAUCUAGCAUUCCUAAAGUGUCAUGUGCACUAAAUAUAAAGUAAACAAAAUCACUUUUUGAUAUUAAACAAUAGGAAACAAGUUCCAGAAUGGCUAAUCAAAGAGUGGGUGUGAGUGUCUGGCAUGAAUAUACUGGGUGGGUGUAAGGUAUGAGUUAGGGUGUUCGCAUGAAUGUUGGGUGUGGGUAUCGGGCAGGACUGUGGACAUCGGGUGGGAGUGCGGGCAUUAGGAAUAAGUAUGUUUGUCAGUAAUGGGUGUGGGGAGUUUGUGGGAUUGUGCUGCUGGGAAGAUGACAGUGUUGCUGAGAGUGGCAGCCCUUUUUUGUCCUACGUGACCCAGUCUCACACAGUUAAGACCGUACUGGAUCAUGUUCACCCUAUAUGGGGAGAAGGGGUCAGAGGGUUGAUGAUGGAUGGUAGGUGAGAGGUGUUUACUCGAGCCAUGAAUUACAAAUGGCUGUACUUAAUAUUUGCAUAUGUUUAUUCAAAUUAAGUCAACAAAUAUGUUUAUUUCCUUCCUUCCUUACAUAAUUCUAAGAUAUUUGGGUAGUUUUAUGAACCCAAUUAAUCAUAUUGGCUUGCCAGAGAAAGGUGAAGUGGUGCUAUUUCUUUAUAGCAUCUCAUCAUAACCACAUGGUGAUAAACAAGUGAGGAGGCAAUGUUUGCUGCAUUGCCACCCAACACAACUUUCAAGCUCCUUCCUCAAUUAACACCAUUAUAUAUAAAUAUAUUCGACUACCGGUAAUCAUCAUUCUAAGAUCGUAUGUGGAGAAACAUCUCGACCCUUGCGAGUACCCAUAUUAAGUACCGUAAUUUGUAUUCCUAAUAUUCUGUUUAACCCAAACAAUAUUCUGUUGUGUAUUUGUUUAAAGUAUCUAGUGAAGCUGUCAACUAUUAUGAAUUUUCAAGCAUGAAAUUAUUAUUUUAGGAAGUUGGAAAGAGUUACCAAAUGUUCGAUCAUUUCUACAUUUCCAGUCACAAUCAGAACCAAACUGAUCAUACUGGGGAAUAUCAAAUAGUUAAGCAGCAUCAUCUGUGAAAAAUUCUGAGCAAUAAUUUUGAACAUUUGAAAAUGACAAAUUCUCACCAUUUAAUUACCAUAUCAUUUCAACCCUCCAUACUAACAGCUGGGGGGCAGAAGCUAUAUACUGUAUAAUUCUUUUAGCGAAGUGGCCAACACGGCCAUUUCACAAUUGAAAGGUCUGGGGUUGGUUUUCCACUUGGGACAGAUAUGCUUGGGCAGUUCCCUUACACCUGAUGCCUCUGUUCACCAAGCAGUAAAUAGGUAUCAGGGAGUUAGCCAUUGUUGUAGGUUGUAUCCUAAUGAAGGUCAGUAGUUGACUUAACACUUUCGUCUGGUAACGACGCAGCAUUGCGUCGAAAAUUUAGUAGACGAAUGUCUGAUAACGACGUUAGAGCAUCAAAAAUUGGCGGCGACUUCGGGAGGGGUGUGCCGCAGUUUUGGACAUUAUAUGUAUAUACUCCUGUAGGGGAUUUCA